AUGCCUACAGCUAAAGCAAAGAUAGGCGACGUUCUGCUUGCGGAAACAGACGUCUGGGAGAACGUCGAAGGGAACGUCUAUUUCCCACCAACAGCUAUCAAAGACAAAUCAACCUUUGUGGGAACUGACACGACCACCUUCUGUCCCUGGAAGGGCCAUGCACAAUAUUACACGAUCAAACUUGGGGAUAAGGAUGUUAAGGAUGCGGCAUGGUAUUACCCCGAGCCUUAUGAGAAGGCGAUGAACAUCAAGGACCAUGUGGCCUUUUACAAGACCAAGGUCCAGGUCACAGUCGACUAG